AUGGCAAAGAAGGGAGGUAAUAGUAAAGCUGAAGCUGCCAACGCCAAAAAGGCAGCCAACAAAGCCGAAAAAGACAAGCAAAAGUCUGCUGCUGCUGAAGCCGCUGAAGCUGAUAAAUGGUCUCAAGGUGCCAAAGGAAGCAAAAAGAAAGAAGACACCGAAGCUAAAAAGGCAGCUGCAGCUGCGAAGAAGGCCGAGAAUGCUAAACUUUUGGCUGAAGAAGAAAAAGAAUUCAAAAAGAAGCCUACUAUGAAAGGUGUCGACAAAAAAGCUGCUCAAAAAUCAGCCAAAGUCGAUGCUGCUGGCCAUGCUCGUCGCGUUAUUCCCGAGUUCUCGGCUACUGGUAUUGAUGAUGCCCUUGAUCUCUUGUCACUCGACAGUGGAUCUGUCAAAGCCAAGGACAUUGAAAAGCAUCCUGAACGUCGUUUCAAGGCUGCUUUUGCCGCUUUUGAGGAACGCGAAUUGCCUCGCUUCAAGGCCGAAAACCCUGGUUUGCGUUUGAGUCAAUUAAAGGAAUUGAUCUACAAGGCUUUCCAAAAGUCUCCCGAGAAUCCUUUCAACCAAGCUAAUGUGAUUGCAUACAAUGCUACACAAGAUGAAGCACAGGCUAUGAAGGCUAACAAAAACAAGGCUAUUGAAGAUCGUCUUCGUACCAAUUAG